GACCCGGAUAAGAAAGGAAGCGGCUUCCGGUGCGCAGCUCUCCCGUUUCCUUGUUUCCGGCCGGCUCCUAGCGAAAGAGGAGGCCUCCUCCUCCUCCGCCGGCGUCAUGGCGGUCCCGAUGGAGACGCAGCUGCAGAGCAUCUUUGAGGAGGUGGUGGUGAGUUCCCGCGGCUCCAAGCUGCUCGCGUGGACAGUGGGUGGCUGCGUGUCGUCGGAAGGAAGGCGCUGGCGGGCUGGGGCGGGCAAGACCCGUGUCGUGAAAGGGAAGGGAGCAGAGGGAAAGGGGAGCGCAGCAGCGGUGCCUGGGGCAGGGAAGGGCCCCUCCGUGGAUGCUGCCGGGCUCCAGCGCCCCCGACCAGCGGCCGUGUUGGCUGACGGGGAGCCGGAGCCCAGUCACAUCCACGGAGGGCCACAGGUUGCCAGGAGAGAGGAAGGGGGGCCGCAGCUCCAGUGGCGCUCUCUCCCAACAAGAACAGCUCAGAGAGCUUCGCUUGGAGGCAACCCCAAAAAUAUUCGCUCUGGACGCAUGCAAAGAUUUAAAGGGAUGGGCUGCACCUGUUAGCCCAUAUUACUAUGUUACUGAGGUGAUCUGCUCCACCUACCCUGACGUGUGUGUUUUCAACAUGGAAGUCUGAAGAGGACUUGCAAACAUAUCUGGUUGAUCGUACUUACAAGCAUCGGGAACUUGCACGUAUGCAUGUGUCCUGGAUGAAUGCCUGAAAACGGCUUUUGGAUAAGGACUACUACCCUUUUAAAAAAGAAAACGAUAAGGCUACUAGCAUUUCCAUGCAGGCUGUUGUGGAGAGAUGCCCACUCUAUAACCACCAUGGAAGCACAGGCUACUAGCUUCUUAAGGUAAUAAUCAUCAUAAUCAUAAUACUUAGCCCACUGCAUUUCCAUGCUGGUUGUGGAUGAAAUUAUUCCCCUCUCUUCCUCCAUGCUAAUAGGGAAACCAAGUGGGGUGGGGGUGGAAAGAGGAAUUGAGUGAUACAUCUCUCCUCCAUCAUCCCCCUCACCGGCAUGGAAUUCCUGCUUGCCCUGCAGGUUGUUAAAUACAAGGCUACAUAAUGACACUAUGUGGACAAAGUGGAGUGGUAGUAAGGCCAAGAAUGUCUCUGGGGUAGAAGGCUGGGGCUGGAGUAUGAUGCUUUUUGGAUGGUAUCUAUUGAAGGGAAGGGUUCACAAAGCAGUGCUGAUUUCGGUUAGGAGCACCCAAAGGGAGAUAUCAGGACAAUUUUUAUUACAGUGAAAUGGACUCCCUUGGAAGGUGGUGGGCAUUCCUUCCAUGGAGGUUUUUAAGCAGAGGUUGAAUGUUGUGGAUGUUUUAGUUGAGAUUCUUGCAAUAGACUCUGAUGGUUUCUCAACUGAUUUCCUAGGAGCAUUUGAAAAAUUUGAGAAAGGAGUAACCCUAACUGAUGGAGUUUUGCUCUAGUUAACUGGUUCUUCAUCCUGUAACAAUGGUAGAGGCCCACCAGGCCUUCCCAUUUUGCCCAUGAAGCCAUUUUGGCCAAGCCACAGCCACCAGCUCUCAACCUGACGUCCCAUAUGACAUCAGAUGUGAGACAGGUAAAGACCUUGCUGUCCAACCAUCUCGUCCUCUGUCGUCCCCUUCGCCUUGUGCCCUCAAUCUUUCCCAACAUCAGGGUCUUUUCCAGGGAGUCUUCUCUUAUGAGGUGGCCAAAGUAUUGGAGCCUCAGCUUCACGAUCUAUCCUUCCAGUGAGCACUCAGGGCUGAUUUCCUUAAGAAUGGAUACGUUUGAUCUUCUUGCAGUCCAUGGGACUCUCAAGAGUCUCCUCCAGCACCAUAAUCCAAAAGCAUCAAUUCUUCGGCGAUCAGCCUUCUUUAUGGUCCAGCUCUCACUUCCAUACAUCACUACUGGGAAAACCAUAGCUUUAACUAUAUGGACCUUUGUCGGCAAGGUGAUGUCUCUUCUUUUUAAGAUGCUGUCAAGGUUUGCCAUCGCCUUUCUCCCAAGGAGCAGGUGUUUUUUAAUUUUGUGACUGCUGUCACCAUCUGCAGUGAUCAUGGAGCCCAAGAAAGUAAAAUCUCUCACUGCCUCCAUUUCUUCCCCUUCUAUUUGCCAGGAGGUGAUGGGACCAGUGGCCAUGAUCUUCGUUUUUUGAUGUUGAGCUUCAGACCAUAUUUUGCGCUCUCCUCUUUCACCCUCAUUAAAAGGUUCUUUAAUUCCUCCUCACUUUCUGCCAUCAAGGUUGUGUCAUCUGCAUAUCUGAGGUUGUUGAUAUUUCUUCCGGCGAUCUUAAUUCCGGCUUGGGAUUCAUCCAGCCCAGCUUCUCUGAGUUAUUCAAGCCCCUUCGCCACGGCAAGGCAGUGAUCCAUGAAGGGGUUGAUUUAACAUAGGGUAGAGGAAAUGUAGGGGAGAAGCCGAGUUUCGUUUGUCAUCAAUAACUUGCUUUGUUUUUGUUUUUUCCCCUUUGUAGAAAACAGAGGUCAUAGAGGAAGCCUUUCCUGGGUAAGUGCACUGAAACUAUUUGCUUGCAUGAUAGCAAACAUCUUGUUGUAUUUUCUGAUGAUGGAAUGUGUCCCCCCCCCAAAAAAAAAUAAUAAUAAUUGUGGUUUUAUUUUCUACAGCAUGUUUAUGGACACUCCUGAAGAUGAGAGAACCAAAUUGAUCAGUUGCUUGGGAGCCUUUAGACAGUUCUGGAGCAAUCUUUCUCAGGUGAGUAAUUCAUCUGUUGCUGACAUUUUUUAGAAACAACACCCAAAGCUUCCCAAAGCAGUUCAUCAACUUACAGAUCAGGUUUUCAUAAUUCUAUACAAUAAUGCCAGUAACUCUGUGAGUGGAAUUUCUGCUGUUUAGAGAUCUCAGAUAGCUUCCAGUAGUUAAAAGCCACAGGCAGGUCCUGAAGUUCAGCUAAUUAAUAGGGUGUGCUGUUUUAUUUUUAAGAUGCCAGAAUGUUGUCUUAGGGUCUCUGUGCACCACCCAGCCAGUUCUGCUUUAUAAGCUGCUGUUCCUAGUUUCUGCUCAUAUGUUGGGCUUAGCAGGAAUAUAAGAAUACAAGAUCACUGAUCUUCUGGAUCAGACCAAAGGUCUAUCUAGUCCAGCAUCCUGUUCUCAAGUGGCCCAAGAGAUGCCUGUGGCACAUAAGCAGGACAUAAAUGCAACAGUACUCUUCCCACUUGUGAUUCCCAGCAACUGGUGUGCAAAGGCAUAAUGCCUCCAAUACAUAGUACACAGCCAUCAAAGCUAGUACUCACUGAUAGCCUUAUCCUCAAUUAAUUUGUCAAAUUCCCUUUAAAAAUCAUCCAAGUUUGUGGCCAUUAUUAUAUAUCGGGAUAGCGAACUUCGUCAACUAUGCACCAUGUGAAUGAGUACUUUUAUCUGUCCUGAAUUCAGCUUCAUUGGAUGACCCUGAGUUCUAGUGUCAGAAGAGAGAUAGAAAAAAUUAUUUCCAUUCACUUUUCCCGCAUCUUGCACAAUUUUACACACCUCUAUCAGAUACCCGCUUACUCACAUUUUGUUCCUAAACCAGCUCAGCACAAGUGGCCAGGAAGCUCCUGCUGGCAGUCCUACCAGCAGUAGACAGGGGAAAGGUCCCAGAAUGGAGUGUAAGGGAGGCCCAUUGGAGGCUUCAAAUUCAUUUGAUUCUAAGCCUUGCAGAUCCCCCAAGGGGCCUUGCCAUUGGACCCCUGAACUACACCAGCAUGUGGCUGGCAUAGCAAGAAGGAUAGAACCCACCGCACCAUUCUGCAAUUUCCUAGGCCCUUGCUGUUCUUAUGAAACAACUCCAAAUUCAAAUCUCAGCAGUCUCCCAACUCCCAUUCUUUCCAGUAAUCUGGGUUGCUUGACUAGAUUAAUAGUAAUGGACUUUACUGAAUGGUCUUCCAGAGAAUUGUUUUGAGAAUCUUUUUUCCAUCCUCUUCACAAACAGAAAUUAUUAAAGAUACUUGCUUGGAGGUUUUAUUACUGUAAAUAUUUACUUGUUCCCAAUCUCUUUUCAAGUUUAUGAAAUCUGAAUUACUGACAUGUUUAUCUUUUCUUUUACAGGAAUCUCAUGAACAAUGUGUUCAGUGGAUUGUAAGGUUCAUACAUAGCCAGCAUAGUCCUAAAAGAAUUUCUUUUCUGUAUGACUGUUUAGCAAUGGCUGUGGAGACUGGGCUGCUUCCACCAAGGUAAGUUUCUUCCAGACAAACUGGGCCUGUGGAAAAGCAUGAUGGAAAAUUGGGUGCUUAAGUCUUGUCCUCAUAUGCACUAAUACUUGGAGCCUGACAACUUUCUCUUAGAAAAUACAUCACUCACUUUUGUUUUCAAUUUCUCCAGGAUGGUUUGUGAAUCUCUGCUAAAUUCUGAUAACCUAGAGUGGGAAAGGACACAGCUUUGGUCUCUAACAUUUAAGCUUGUCCAAAAAAUAAUCGGUGGUGUAGACUACAAGGUAAUGGUCUUUAAAAAUCUCUGUUGCAAUACUUCAUCGUGCUUUUUAUAUUGCUAUUAUAGGCUACAAACAGUUUUCUAGGUUGUUUAUUUAAAUUUAUGCCUACCUUAUCCUGAGGCUUGGGAUCACCCUUGCUAUACCUUGUUCUUAUUCAGUAAUUGUAAGAUGUAGGCUAUCAUUUAUUAUAUCUGUUGAGAGUAGAGUUUAGAGAGUAGAGUUGAAACAGAGAAAGAAAAAUUGCUUCUUGAGGACACUUAAUGAUUCCAGGACUUGCGCUGAUGUUUUUAAUCCAGAUUUUCUGAUUGCCAACACUGUUGAUAGUUGACCACUCAAAAAUUACUUUGAAUUAUAGGGUUUCCCAAACUGGUGGGAUUCACAUAGGAAUAAUUAUGCAUAGUAAUUCCAAACAGUGGAUAGGGGACACGCCUUUUCAUCAUCACCUCGAAACAGGUGCAAAGUAUAUCAGCAUAGUAACUGUGCUGUGAUGAUGUGGAUCAUAAUCAUUGCAUGCAUAUCUGAUCUGUAGGACCAGAUUUCAAACAUUGUACUUUGGUCUCCACUGCAGCAUUGGAAGCUGUGUGUAUGGUCCUUAUAGCUAAAUUGAGGCAUUCAACAAUGAUAAACUUACACCCAACAUCCAGCAGGGGAAUCAAUGCACAGUAGCUUACUUCUUCACACGGUUUUCCAUACUAGCUCCUGGGAAACAAUGUGUAGUUCUAACAGUCAACCUCAUUUGGGUGGCAAGAGAAGCUGAACCCAUUGGAUGAAUCUGUGUAUAUGGUAUUCAUUGCUUUAAGAAAGUGGAUGACAAUCAGUAUAAUUCUAAGGACUGAAAAAUCCUAUAUCUGUGUGUGUAUCUUCAGUUUCUAUAAAAUUCAAACGUGUACACUAUGUUUUCCCAGAUUUUAUCUAGAUAAUUUUUUUCUGUGUUUUUAUAGGGUGUGCGAGAUCUUUUGAAGGGUAUCCUAGAAAAAAUCCUAACUAUUCCCAACACAGUGAGCUCUGCUGUUGUGCAGCAACUUUUAGCAGCAAGAGAGGUAAAGUUGUGAAGUGGUGCAAUAACACAAUAAGUUAUUUUAAACUGCAGACGUCUGUCAAACAAGGCUUUGGGGAAGCUUUUGAAAUUUACAUGUUCAAUUUGGUUUAAAAGCCAAUUAAUCUUUGGUUGCCUUAAAACUGACCUCUGAGAAAGUUUAUCCGAAGAAGAGUUUGGAUUUGAUAUCCCGCCUUUCACUCCCUUUAAGGAGUCUCAAAGCGGCUAACAUUCUCCUUUCCCUUUCUCCCCCACAACAAACACUCUGUGAGGUGAGUGGGGCUGAGAGACUUCAGAGAAGCGUGACUGGCCCAAGGUCACCCAGCAGCUGCAUGUGGAGGAGCAGAGACGCGAACCCGGUUCACCAGAUUACGAGACUACCGCUCUUAACCGCUAUACCACACUGGCUCCUCUGACAUGCAUCUACUAGAGAAAGUUAUUCUCUGUGUGUAAGAUGCAGAGUGCAAUAGUAGUGUAUCUGUAGCACCUUCUUGACAGGAGAUUUUCUUAAAGGUCCCUUGAGAUAUUCAGACAACAUAUCCAAAUCUUUAUGCAAAGCAAGCAUUGCAACUACUAAAAAAAAGAAGAAAGUGAAUUAAAAUAUGAAGUUUGGUUCCAAUCACCGUGGUACUUUAGCAUGUUAUGUCCGGAAGAAAAACAUUCUUUUUUGUUGUCCAGCCUUCCUGAAAGAAAUUUUUAAAUAUUGGAUAUAGUAUUUUCAAUGUGCUCAACUAAGAGUGCUAACUGCUUUAAAAAUCUAGAUGGUUAGCAUCCUUUCAACGAUUCCAUUUUUAGCCUUCUGAGAUGUCAGAGCACCCCAUCGUAGUUUGAGCGUAAAAUUAAAACUGAAACUUGUUUGUCUGAAACAUUGCAACCAAAUCUCCUCAUUCUGACGUUUUAUCCUUCAUUCCAUUCUGUUCCGCCCCCUCUAAUAACAAACACAGGUGCUGAGUGCUGGUGGCUAUAGAGCCAGAAUGAGGUCACUGAGAAACAAGAAGGCAGAUAGUGCCAUGCUUUAUUUUAUUUUUAUUUGCAAAAAUUUCUGUACUGCCAGCAUUAAGAAAAAAUAUAAUGGCAGGGAACAGCAUAAAAUCAACAAUAAAAUUACAUUCAUAAAACAAGUACAAAAUGCUUUGGGGAACUGCAAGGUUUAUAGGGAGCACAACCCAAUGAAGACUGAGCUUGUUCGGUGGCUAGGGGAAGACAGAAAUUUGGGACAGUGGUCUGGGUAUGACUAGCUUGCUGGAACCAUGAACAGGAUUGCUCCAUAUGGCAACAUUUCACUGUGUUUCACUUGCUUUUCUCUAAAUUUUGUAAACAAUUUUCUUUCUUCAGUUUUCCUCUCUUUGUUGUUACCUAGGUAGUUGCCUACAUUUUGGAAAGGAAUGCAUGUUUAUUACCUGCCUACUUUGCGGUUACAGAGAUCCGAAAGUUGUAUCCCGAAGGAAAACUUCCACAUUGGGUAAGGCUUAAGAUAUAUAUUUAAAAGGACAAAAUGCCUUCAUUUCCUUAUGGGAAAUGGGACCAUAAGGAGUAGUAUGGGACCAGUUUAUUACAAAAGGGAAACGACAUCUAGGUUCAGUGUGCCAAGUUCUUACUUGGCAUGCAGCAUAGCCCUUGAUCAAAAGGAUUUCAUCACCAUCACAAAUACGCACCUCAGAUGUUUUAUCCAGGCAAGCUUAGUCUCAGACCAGUCGCUCCUUGAGACUUACUGUAGAGCAUCCUAGAACGAUUGUACUGUAAAGGAAACUACAGAAAUGCUUUGCAUUUCUUAUUUCACUGCAUCUUCAUUUUGUGAAGAAUAGGUCCUUUAUUUACCAUAAAAAAUUUUGUGUGUGUCUGUCAUUUCCUUUUUAUAAUCCUAUUAUCUGAUGUUGCACGCAAGAGUUCUCCCCUUAUGCAUGUUUGCUGAUUGCUCUUGUUUGUUUAUCUUCCUUUGUACACAGGAAAGGACAGUGGAGGUUCAUAACGUGAAGAGAUUUAGUUAAUGUUGUUGUUGACAUUUGAAAGGAGGCAGGCUAAAGACUGCUUUGCCCUUUUUUGGAUAACGUAACAGUUAGUGGCUGAAGCCAGUUUUGCUGAUCUAGUUCUUAAUUCAAAUUAUGAUAACUUACUGGUGAAUAUUUGUAGCAUUUGGAUUAAUCUCAUAGUACUGGUUAAAGUAAUUUGCUUGUUGGGUGCAAAUUCAACUGGGUAUUUGACUUCCAGUUUUAUUUAUUUAUUUUUUAAGUUGUUAGGCAACCUAGUAUCGGACUUCGUGGAUUCCUUCAGACCUACAGCGAGAAUAAAUUCCAUCUGUGGUAAGAGUUUCUAAAUAUAGCAAUGUACUGUUAGCUUUGUUGGCAGCAGGUGAAGGAUCUAAUGUGCAAUUUCUAGCCCAUAAUGUUUAAAUACAGAUAGCCUGUCUGAUGAUUAGUUAGAUGUGCCACUGAUUCCUGCGUGCCCUUAAUCUGCCUCUUGGUGGUCUCUGGGAUCAAGCAUUAUAGUCUGCCCAGCAGAGCAGUGCUCCAAAACUUGAUCAUUGUGGUGAGAACCAGUGUUGACACCACUUGUGCAGUGGUGUCUAGGAGGGCCUUUUACCAACUUCCUCUGGUUCACCAGCUACACCCAGGUUCCUGGCUAAGGAUAGCCUGAUUGCUGUCGCCCAUGCAUUGGUAACCUUGAGGCUGGAUUACUGUAAUGUGCUCUUUGUGGGGCUGUCCUCGGGUCUCAUUCGGGAGGGCCAACCGGUGCUGAAUGCAGCAGCCUGCUUGCUGGUGGGAGCUCCUGGUUGAGAACAAUGAGAAAUUGAGCCUUUACUGUCAUUGGCCCAGUCCUGUAGAACACCCUGCCACUAGAGAUUCAGCUGGCUCCUCCUGUGCCAACUUUCAAAUGUCUGCUGAAAGCAUUUCUAUUCUGCCAGACCUACGCAGACAAUUAAAUACAUCCCCCACGAUGGUCUGCUGCUGUUUGUUUUUAAUUAUAUUUUUUGCCUUUUAACUUGUUUUGAUUUUAUCAUUUGCUCAUCUGUUUUUAUAUUGUUGUAAACGGCUGGUAGUUCUUUACGAUACAGCGGUAUACAAAUAUUUUUUAUAAAAUAAGUAAAUAAACUGAUCUGGGGCUUGAAAAAUGCAGCAUCUGUGGUAACGUCACGCAGAUGCCUAUAGGCAUGGAACAAUCAAAGCCCUAUUACUAGUAUUUCUAUUGUAUACAAAACGAAUUGGCUAACAAUGUCCUAGGGUUUUUAUGCCUUGCAAAUUUAGGGAGAGGUAUACUUUGUGACUCAUGGUUUCUCUCUUUGGUUUCCAAUACAUGUAGGGCGAUGUAGCCUCCUUCCUGUAGUAAAUAACUCUGGUGCUAUUUGCAAUUCAUGGAAGCUGGAUCCUACAACUCUUCGUUUCCCCCUGAAAGGCCUUUUGCCAUAUGAUAAGGUAUAUGUGCAUGUGACAGAUGUGAAAGCCAUAUUUCUAACUUAGAAAUGUGAGGGGGAACAAUUUGUGGAACUUUUUCACAUAGACCGGUUAAGGUGCUGGUGCUUAUGCGAUUUUGAGAAUGCAUUAAAAUGUUCUUGAGGGUUAGACCAUUGAUUGCAUGUUCUGCUUCCUAAAGAAACAUGCAGCUUUUUCUCAGGGUCCUAAAAAGAGAGAGUACGUUAUCAUUGUUGUUUUUCUUCUUGUGAGCUUAUGAAAGCAGGGGUGUGUACCUGAACAUAACCCUGGCUCUGCAAAUGCUCAGAAACUUGUGAGAAAGUGAUCCUUGCGCUGGCAGUAGUAGGGCUGGUAUGGAGCUGGAAUGUUGGCUCCCUAUCAAAGCCUGUUUGGGCUUCUUGCACAAGGCUAUUGAUUUGAACGUGUCAACUAUAUACAGGCAAAUCCAGUAUUCUUGCUUGAUAAAUGUGAUCCCCUGCUUUACUCUAUUGCUGCCAGCUGCUUUCAGAAGCUCCUUGCGCAGUGCACAUCCAAUGAGGGUUCACCCAUAAUAGGAAAUUGCAUUUCUGCCUAGUGAGCAUGCAAGUGUUGCCACCUCAUCUGUUCUUGAUGUCACAGGAGGACUCUGCCAAAGAACAGAACCCUCCUGGAGGGAGUGACUAAUGCUAUCCAGGGAAAAUGGCUCCUGGGGGUGACAUUUCCUUAUAGUUUGGUAGAAAUAGCAGCUGCUCUGGUUCUCUGUUUUGCCCAAACUUCUCACGGAUCCGUACAAGAAACGCUUUGGGGUGUUUAGGUAUUUUGAAAAGUAGCAAGCAAGCCACUGUGAUAGCUAAAAAGUGUUGCACUUUUAUUGUUGCAUAAAUUCAGCAAGGUUGCAUAAAGGUAAGUUGUGUUGGACCACCUUAGCCCCCCCCCCCCAUAUUCACUGUGCCCCAUUGUUUAUAUCUGUCGGCCAGAAAAUCAAGUGGGUCCUUUUCGUACUGUCUCUGUGGUGAAGUUGGAGGUGAUCGAAGGUGUAGCCAAAUAUUCUUAGUGCAUGCUAAUAAGACUGCAAGAAUAAAAUAACCUGCAGGAGUAGAGAGACAGCGAGAAUGUUCAUGCAAGUUGGGAAAUGAAGCCAGUGGUGAUGAAUUCUGAAUCACAGCAGAUGAGUUUCUGCUUCUGUGAAAAGCUUCCAUUCCCACCUAUCUAAAAACGCUGCCAUUUAUUCCCUACUCUUGUAUUGAUAGAUAAUCAUUUGGGCGGGGUUGGUGGAGAAUAGUUAUGGCGAUAACCUGAAAUAAGACUCUUGUUAAGUCUUCGAGCAUUAAAUCACUUACCCCAACUCCUGCCAUCAGAGGGAGCAAUACCUGAAGUAAGAGUCACGCAACACAAAUGUUAGCGGGAAGAAGGGGGCCUGCUCAAUGUCUGUCGCUGGUAAUGCUUUAAUCGGAUGGGGAAUCUUAAUUUCAGCUGUUAAAUGUUUUUGUGUCAAAAGGGUUGGUAUUUGUAUGCCUUUUUGUUUUUGUUUUCAAGGAUCUGUUUGAGCCCCAGACUGCUUUGUUGCGGUAUGUGCUGGAGCAGCCCUAUUCCAGAGAUAUGGUCUGCAAUAUGCUAGGUCUAAACAAGCAGGUACUGUAUUGUGCUGUAAUGCCUUUUGUUUUGCAUAGAACCUGCACUUUUCUUUUCUCUUUUUCUUUGCUAUAGCUAACUAAGCAAAACAGUUGAGGAUCAGAUCAUGAUUCCCCCCCCCACCUUCAGUAUUAUUGCUUUAGGUUAAUUGGGCAUUUUUAUUCCUAUCAUUUAUAUAUUGCUUUAAAGGUUUCAAAAUUGAAAAGUAGAGACUUUAAAUAUAUAUAGACAUAUAUAUAUUGGCAUUGCUUUUUUCCCCUAUAAGGCCAGCCUCAAAUAUACCCUGAACCUAUGGCAGACAAACGUUCCCCUCUUUUUUGGAGGGGUGGCGGCAGUGGUGGUGGUAGAUGUGCUGCUUAGAUCACUAGUCUAUUGAAUUUGUCUGUGAAAUGCCUUGGCAUGUUUUCAUUACCGUCAAUGGUAAUGAAUGGUUUAAUGUUAAACUUAUUUAUUUAUUUAUUUAUUUUACUUUACUCCCCACCCCUUUUUUUCCUUUCUUUUUGCCUUACCAUGUGGGAGGGCCUGGUCUGACUUGGGGUAACUUGAGGCUGGCCUCAUAGUCACUGUUUUGUCUUUUCUUUUUUUCUUUCUUUAUUUUUGUUCUGUCCUGUCUUGUCCUGCCCAUCCUCCAAUGCUCUAGACCUUGAACAUUGCUCAGGUAUGUUCACAACCUUACUGUUGUAUUGUGACUAACGAUACGCUGGCUGCUUUGUAGCCGCUGAUUCCAGUUCGAGAAUACACGUCUGGCCAGGGCUUGAAAUUGGUGGGACCAUCACAUGCUAAGAAACGGUUAACUUCCUAAAAAAAUCUGAGGUUUUAAGAAUGCUGUGUAGUUUUAAAAGGAUCUUAUGAAGCCAGUUCAAUAAUUGGCUUGAGUUGCCCAUGACUUACCCAAACUCUCAUAGUCAAUUUUGUUCCGACUAUAAAAUUUCCUUGCCUAGAAAAGAAAGAAAAACUGUUUGUAUAACAAUGUGAAAGAAAACUCGGUUUGCUAAAUAUUAGCACACUUAAGUAUUUAUGUAAAAAUUCAACUUGACUAGGAAAGGUCAUACUCAGCCUCCAUUUAAAAAACCCCAAUAACUCUUUUAACUUAUAUCUCCAAAUGGGCUGAGCUAAAAAAAAGCAAAGAAAAAAAUUCCUUGGGAAGAUGGACAUAAAUUUACAACUUAUUUAAUACCCACACUAGUCUGCUUAUAUAUUUCAACUUUGACCUCUUUAGUCUUUUCUUUUUAAUUUAACAAGUUUGUCCAAACUGAUAUUUAAGCAAAGUACAAUGGCGUUGGUGUUUGCAAUACUAUAGUGAAGGUUGUGUCAGUGUUUUCAUUUUAUAAAAAAACUCAUUUCAGGGAUUGUACUUGACCAUAACAUUUGCUUGAUGCUAAAACUUUGGUUAUUACUUAAAAACAACAAUGUUUUAGACUUAGAUUUGCUGUAUGUUGAUUUUGCAAAGAAAUUAUAAAGUAGUAUUCCACUUUAAAAUAAUACAGCUAUUUAAUAUAGUGUUGUUUGUUAAACUUAAAAAAAAAGCUUUGGUGAAUGGUACAGUGUCAGUUGUGGCGUUAAUGCUUAAAAUGAUUAUUUUCACAGCUAAGCUUUUAUUGAGAUAGAAAUGAAUAUUUUUAUAAGUUGCUUCUUUAAUGCUAAAUUGUAAAAUAAUCUGUACCACUGGAAUUGCCCAAGCACGUGGAGCUGUCUAAUUUGUGGCUUCCUGGCAUAUUUCUGCUGCACAGCCAUGAAUAUUCAGAAAUGUACAACUCUCCUUCAUCCUUUUAUAAUGCUUAGCAUUGCACAACUGGGUGUAUGCAAACAAGUUUGUUGCAUAAAGUAUGAAUUGGACCUUAAAGCUGGAAAAGCUGAGGCCAAAUCCCUUGAUGAAUUUAACUGGGUGACCUUGGUUAAGCCACUGCGUUUCAACUUCACUUCCUUAUCUGUUAAAUAACUCCCUGCUUUACUUAAUUGCUGAAUUCAUCUUUACCAAAUAUAAAUGUUGCAAAGCACAUUAAAGCCCCUGUCUUGUACCCAAAUAUGUUGGGUUCCUAAUGUGGCAUAUUGGAGCCCCAUUUUCCUUGCCAAAGCACACACUACAGCAUCACAACAGGCUCUUACGAAGAAUCAAGAGUUCUCUGUGCAUGUCCUGUACCUCUGUUCACUUUUCUUCCCCCUCUGCUUGGCCAAGGAAGGUUACACAGGAGAAAACUGAGCUCUGCAAGUAUACUUAGCUCCUCGCUGCAAUUGUGAAAUUAAAAUAUUGUCCGGUUCCACCUUCUGCCUCUUUCACCUCUACUCUAAGCCUCCCAAUAGACAAAUGUUUAUAAAAUAAGACUAAAUAUUUAGUGGCUUAAUUUUUUAACAUCAUCAACUUCACAAUAGUAGGUUUAGAAAUCACCAUUUCGAUCCAUUUUACAUAUGUACCUUUUUAAGUACAUUGAAAGAUCAAGAUUGGGAGAAAUAAUUUCUACCUCCAGCAUACAGUUCAACUCAGAGCAAACUUUUAUGGCCAAGUAACAAAACUUUGAAAUUCAUGGUUUUUUAAUGGAAAUGCUGACAAACUAUGAAUUGUAGGUGUGCUGCCAUAAUAACAACAGUCUGUGAACUUUUUUUUUUUUGUUCAUUUGUCAGUAAAAAAAGCAUGAAAGGGUUGUGUGUGACAUUGCUUGGUUGGAAUUCAAGGCUAAUGCUGCAAAUGAUAUCAAAUGAUCAAUACUGAAACUGUGCAAGUUUGUUUUAUUGUAGAUUAAUCUGCUAGGAAAUCUGUAUUCCCUGAAAACUUCGGCAAUUAAGACCUUGGCUUUGCAUUACAAUGUCAACUGCCUACAGCUCCAUCAAAAAUUUACUUGUGACUCAAAAAUGAUUAAAUAGAAUCAAGCUUCACACAUACAUCUCCAACUAACAUUUAUGUGUUGGACUUGACCCCAUUUUGCAUUGGGGCCUUUACCAUGAGAUCAGUUAUAAACAGAUGGCGUGAAUAGUGUAGUGCUACAAUAACACAGUUUCUGCAAUGAAGUGUGCUGUCAGCAGGAGCGCUUCCCUGCUCUUUAUGCUGUCCUCCUGGGCCCCGUUCCUCCUGUGUUUCUGUUGCUGCUGCUCCUCUCUUUAAUUUCCUUUCGUAUCUUCAGAAAAAAAUCCCUCUAUGGUUCCUCUUUAGGCAACUGUUAUCAGGAGAUGUCUCCUAUGAUAUCCGUAAUCCGCCCAUAGUUGUGACCUUCACACCUACCCAGCUCAUUUGAAUGAGGGUUCCUUUACAACCCUCCAAUAUCCAAAUAGGGAUGCUGACUCCUUAAGAACAAAUGUUUUGAAGUAAGGGGACUCCCUUUCAAACAGCAUUUUUGUAAUUGAGAAUUUUUAAAAAUCAGCACAAAGUUAGCACUGAGCACUACAUCUAGUCUAAAUAAUUCCAAUGGCUCCAUCCUCUCCCAUGCUUUUCAACUUCUAUAUGAAGCCGCAGGGAGAGAUCAUCAGGGGAUCUGGACUGGAUGUUCCCCACUAUGAUACCCAGCUCUACCUCUCGUUUAAAUCUGAACCAGUGAGGGCGGUAAAUGACCUGUAUGAGUGUCUGGAGGUGGUUGGAAGAUGGAUGCUGGUUAACUAAUUAAGGCUGAAUCCCAACAAGAUAGAACUACUGUUUCUGGUGGGCAGUUGUGGGUGGCUCCCUGGUUCUGAAUGGGUUAACUGUGCCCCUGAAGGACCAGGUACACAGACUUGGGGUCAUUUUGGACUCAUAACUGUCCAUAGAAGCACAGGUUAAUUCUGUGUCCAGGAUGGCAGUCUACUAGCUCCAUGUGGUACUGCAGCUGAGACCCAACCUGCCUGUCUCACCAGGAUGAUUAUCUCCCACUUGGACUACUGCAAUGUGCUGUAUGUGGGGCUAUCGUUGAAGGUGACUCAGAAACUGCUACUAAUCAAGAAUGCGGGAGCUGGGCUGGUGACUGGGAUUGACCAUGGGGACCAUAGAACACUGGUCCUAAAAAAUCUACAUUGGCUCCCAGUACGUUUCUGAGCACAAUUUAAAGUGUUGGUGUUGACCUUUAAAGCCCUAAACUGCCUCAGCAUCUCCACCCCCAUCAUUUAACCCAGACACUGAUCCAACUCCAAGGGUCUUCUGGCGGUUCCCUCGCUGCAAGAAGUGAAGUUAACAGGGAACUGGGUAGAGAGCCUUCUUGGUAGUGGUGCUCGUCCUGUGGAACAAUCUCCUGUCAGAUGUCAAAUAGAUAAAUAACUCAGAUUUUUAUAACUAUACACUUGUGUUGUAUGAGCAAAAGUGUCCCUGUGAGGUGCUCAAGAGUCAGUAAACAUACUGAUCUGUGGAAUGGUGGGUACUGUGCAAGAAAGUCAUGCUAGUACAGUAGUAUUUGCUGUGCACAAUUGCUUGCUGCGCACUGUUAUGUGUGCAUACUGAUUCUCCUAGAGCCAGUGUGGUGUAGUGGUUAAGAGCGGUAGUCUCGUAAUCUGGUUCGCGUCUCCGCUCCUCCACAUGCAGCUGCUGGGUGACCUUGGGCUAGUCACACUUCUUUGAAGUCUCUCAGCCCCACUCACCUCACACAGUGUUUGUUGUGGGGGAGGAAGGGAAAGGAGAAUGUUAGCCGCUUUGAGACUCCUUAAAGGGAGUGAAAGGUGGGAUAUAAAAUCCAAACUCCUCUUCUUCUUCUUCUCCUAGUCUGUAGGUGCAUUUGGGCAUUUAUAGCAUUGCAGCAGCAUUUCUCUGAGAAAGCCCUUUUCCAAUUGGUUCCAGAAGUGCUGGUAUUGUACAUCAUAACAACAUUUCUCAGUCUUCACUAGUGUAGAAACAGAAUGAGCAAGGGUUGGAUGUGUUCCAAGAUGGAGGAAGGAAAAAAUCUGUUCCUAGGCAAUCCAAAUUCUGUGCCAAGAAAUGCUGGAUUCUGAAAGCAAAUUUGCAUAAUUUCUCUUCUUUAAUGUGCAAUUAUGCUGUGUUACAGAUAAACGUAAGCUCUUAGCAGCCAGACCUUUCUGGCUGCUACGAUUUCAUUAAGCAUUGUCUUCACCAGGUAUUGGGAAGCUUCCAUCUUCCACUGCUGCUGGAAUUGAACUUCCAUCAGGCCCAGUCAGUAUGACUAAUGAUGGAUGAUAGAAGAGGCCGUGUGUGGAGGGCCACAGGUCACCCAUCUUGGUCUACACACUUCCAAGCAUCACAGCCCACAUGAGUUUCCUUCAGCCGAUGUGGAAGUGCCCAGUUUGGGGUUGAGCAGAGAGAGUCAGAGAACUUCCCCCAUUGGAGAAAAAUUGAAGAAUUUGCUUAGGGCCAAACUGGACUUCAUGUGAAAUAUAUAUUUGGAUUGAGCGCAUGCACAUUAUUAACAUGCAGAUGGUAGUCACUGGGGAAGCUGCUGGUUAUCCAGAUUGCAUCAGGUGGGGGUGGGGAUGUAAACUCUUUCCACCCAUUGGCAUUGGCACCAAUGGGGGACUUUCUCCAUUGCACUUGUGUCAGGAUCACAGCAGGGGAGAAAAGGAUCUCCCCCACCCCACAUAUGCUUGUGCUUCUGUUGCAUUGGGAGCAAUAAAUACCACUCGCCCUCUGAUUUGGGGACAGGAGAUGCACAACAUGACUCAAGGACCAUGACUAAAUGUGAUCUCAGUGCCCACAACUUUGAAGGGGAGAUCAGUUUUUGUUCUUCCCUUACAUCCAUUCUGCUUGAGCCCAUUUGAUAAUUGAGCCUGCUGCUUUCUACAUAUUCCAUCCCACAGUUCCAUUUCCUGGUCAAGUUAAGAGUGUUAUAGAAAGCAAAAACUGACCUUUAUAGUUCCUUCUGAAUCACUUCAAAAAUAUAAUUGCAUUCGUGAAUUUAUUGUCGUUAGAAACCUGCAUUAACUGACAGUUGUUUCCUCUUAAAUAACUUAAUUCAAAACUGACACAGGUUUGCACUCUUGGGCUCUUGGAAAUUUGCCCCCCUCUCUACCAAAUUCUAGUGAAUUUCAAGCCCUGUACACAGUAGUUUUGCAUGCUGUAUCAUGAAAUAGUUUGUAGUACUGUCUGUUGCAUUCUGCUCUGCUUCAUAAUUAGUUGCAUUUGGGGGAAAAAAGUAUUCUCAACUGGUGGUGUUAAUAUUGCUCUUUGUAAAUCUGUAACGUGGUUGAUCUGUGAUAAUGGCAUUGUGUUUUUUUGAAAGAGAGGGUCAAAAGCAACUAAUGUCCUUUGGAUUGGAAGUAUUCCGUUUUUAAGCAUGCUUCAAGAAAGCACAGCUAGAUUUGUAGCUUUUGGCAAUAUUGAGCUGGCAAAGAGCAUGUGAAGGAGAGAGUGCUGUUCUCAGAGUUUGUCCAAAGUUUUGUCAUUCUUGCAUUGUAUUGUUAAAUUGAAAUCAUAAUCCCUUUUUCAUGGCAAAAAGCUAUCCACAUUGUUAAGCACAGAAUAAGUAUCUGUUUCCAGCAACCUUGGGAUUUUUUUCUCUGUUUGUCUUUUUUUAAAAAAAUUCGGAAGGUUUUCUUUUAGACUGCCUGUUAAUCCAAGAAACCAUUUGUUAAGAGGAGCACUGAAAUGUGUUGAGUAAAUCGUAUUUGGGUAUCAUAGCACAUUUCUCACGAAACGGAAAACAAAUAAUGAAUUCUCUCUCUUUUUUGCCUCUAGAAAGGGACAAGGCAUCUUCAUGAUUAGAUUCUGAGCAGCUCCGUACCUUUUCUGUAUUAUCUUUUAAAAAUAAUACUUAUUUUCUUUUUAUUAAGGCUGUGUUAUGUUACAGGUUCACUAUGUGAAACUCUGAAAUUCCAUAAUAUAUACAGAAAUGACUCAGUAACUUCAAUAGUAGUGCCUAGAAUGUACAGUUUCUUCCAGCUGCUUGUAAAGAAUUGGCUUCAUGCUGUACCACUGUGGAAUGUUCCAAUUAUGCGCAUUAUGAAGUCUAAAUAGGGGAAGAUCAAAAUGAAAGGGGUCUGGCAGUUUGCAAAACAUCCAAGCACACAAACAGAAGAAAGUGUACAGCUAAACAGGUGCACCACUGGAAUAGGAAUUGGUAUUCCCACAUAAUGACUGUUCAAGCUGUGUUAAUAAGAUGAGAUAUGAACAAGCUUUUUGCCAGUAUGCACUUUUCCAUUUUGUAGCAUGAACAAACAAUCCAGGUAUUCUUCAAGCAACCAUAGUUUCCCAUUUCAUCUCAAUGAAACUAUAGGUUGAAGUUCAUAUCAGGAUAUUAAUUUCCAGAGCUGGUAACCGUAGCUUCCUGGUUUGGAUGAAAUGAGAAACUCUUGUUUAUUAGAGGCUCCCUGGUUUGAUUGCUCACACUGUGAAAAGAGGAAUGAAUGGGUUCUGUGCACAAGCAAAAGGCUUAUUAUGUUGUUCUGAGGUUUUGUAAUCGGUUUCUUCAUGCGUAGCACCAAACCAUGGCUUGGCAAUAUAUGGCUGAGCCUCACAUUCACAUGCUCUCUUUCACAAACUCCACUUAAUUAGUUACUUUCUGAAUUGUGGAAAACCAUAGUUUAACCUCCGUGUGAGGAGGUAGAACACACAAGGACAGAGCUCUGUCUUGUAAUCCAAACUAUGGUUUGAUGGUAUAUUUGAACUGACCCCAUAACUUGAGUGUACCUGAAUUGUUAAGGUGUCAGGAACUGCCACACUGCAGUCCAUUAACUGCGGAAGGGUCCAAGUCCAUUGUAUUAUUUUAGUCUUCACACUGUAGCUUCCGGGGCUGAAAACAUACUCUUAUAUGAAAAACAUACUCUUACACGGUGUUUUUAGAUAUUUGUUGGCUCCAUAAACAAUUGUGCCUAGGUAAGAACGGAUAUAACAAGUAGUCUAUUAUUUUUUAUUUAAAAAAUAUUAUGACCUGUAACAUCAGACAGUUUUAAUGUUUUGGCUUAUCUUGUAAAGCUUUAUGUUCAGAUCCCAUUUCAUGCUUCCCAGACUUACAUUAAAGUAACUGUACUGAAAUGGCAGAGUUAAAAUGAUGGAUGCUAGACUGUGGAAUACUUUAUCUGGUUUCUGCUUUGCAGCACAAACAGCGAUGCCCUGUGCUGGAGGACCAGCUGGUGGAUCUUGUGGUCUAUGCCAUGGAGCGGUCAGAGACAGAGGAGAAAUUCGAUGACGGGGGAACCAGCCAGUUGUUGUGGCAGCACCUUUCCAGCCAGCUUAUCUUCUUUGUACUUUUCCAGUUUGCAAGCUUCCCUCACAUGGUCCUGUCUCUCCAUCAAAAGGUAGAUUACCUACCACUAGCAACAAUAAAGAGUAGACGGGUUAUCCCUUAACCUUCAUGAAAUUAGCUCCUGCCCUGCCCACUCAUAGUUUCAUCUGCUUCCAUGCCCCAAAACCAGCACCAGCCCUGAGACCUAUGGGUAUAGCGUGGUAUACAAAUUUAACAAAGAAAAUAAAUAAUAAAUUGGUGUGUAGGUGUGUGGACAGAUUUGCCAUUCUGCUGCUGCACAUGGUGAACUAUGAUUAAGGAAGAAGCCUAGCAAUGAAUAUUUGUUGCUACAAGAGAAAUGAGAUGCAAAAUACAGUCGUACCUUGGAUCCCGAACGCCUUGCAACUCGAACGUUUUGGCUCCUGAAUGCCACAAACCUGGAAGUGAGUGUUCCAGUUGGCAAACGUUCUUUGGAAGCCGAACGUCCAAUACAGCUUCUGAUUGAGUGCAGGAAGCUCAUGCAGCCAAUCAAAAGCUGUGCCUUGGUUGUUGACCAUUUUCGGAAGUUGAACGGACCUCUGGAAUGGAUUCUGUUCAACCACCAAGGUACGAAUGUACCCUGAGGAAAUUUUGAUGUGUUACCCUCACUUUCAGAGUCUGUCCAGGUGAAACUGAGCAAUUUGAACAGUCAGCUUCAUUUUUGUAUUGCUUAUAUAUGAGAGAGGCAGCUCUCCUUUUGAAAGUAUGUAUUAACUGUCUUAUAAAAAAAGAAAAUGGCAGCAGACACCUUUCAAAUUUCUGUUAUUUGCUGACUUAAAAAUAUUAGUCACAAGUCUUUGUGUGCCUAUGUUAUAUAAUUCUAAUGCACCGACUGGUCAUUAGCUCAUGGCAUCUUGCAGAAAGGUGAGAGUGUGCAUUAUUUCCCAAGUGAAAGUACAUAUUUUAUAGAAAAUUAGAACAGAUGUUCAGUGUUACAGUUCUUGUCUUGGAGUGUGGACUUGCUGCUCAGUGUAUCUUUUUUACAGUUAGCAGGACGAGGCCUAAUCAAAGGCAGAGACCAUCUGAUGUGGGUAUUAUUACAGUUCAUCUCUGGAAGCAUUCAGAAAAAUGCAUUAGCAGACUUCCUCCCUGUUAUGAAGCUUUUUGACCUCCUCUACCCAGAGAAGGAAGUGAGUCUUCUAUGUGAAAUACGUUUAUUAUGAUUUACUACUCAUAUUUCCCCUGAAAAGACACCCCCCAGCAAAUAAAACAAGUCUUUUCUUAAAAUGUCUUACAGUCCCCAAGAAUGCGACAGUUGAAAGGAAAGGGGAAAAGAAGAGAUUUGGGAACAAGAAUAUGGGAAAUACUGAUUUGCUCAAAUUUGAGAUAGUAAAACAUGCAGCUUUCUAUAUUUUGUGUAAUGAAAUUAAGAAGUAACUGAAACGGAAUAAAUUUGGAGACAUGAGAUAGUAAAAAGCAAGAUCUGUCAAGAGAAACAAUGAUGCAUGGAAGAAGAAUAUUGACAUAUUAACAGAAACCCAAGAUCAGGGGUCAGCAAACUUAAGGCCCACGGGCCGGAUCAGGCCCAAUUGCCCUCUGGAUCUGGCCCAUGGAUGGUUCUGGAGUUGCCGCUUGGAUUGACGCGAUUACCAUUUUUUUAAAAAAAAAAAUUUGGGCGCAUUUUUUUUCACAAUUUCCCCCUCCCUCACACACACCGCAGCAGCCCCUCCUCCCUCCCUCUUCCUGGCUUCUCCCCGCCCUGUGGAGGAAGGGGGCUGGGCUUUAAUAGGAAGCCUCACCGCCUGCCUGGGGAAAGCUGGCACGGAAAGGAGAGGAGCCGCCACCACCACCAGUUCCCAACCGCAGGCAGAGCGGCAGAGAAGGUAGGCAGGGGGAGGGGAGGGCUGGGGAUGAGAGAGAAGCCCCCUCCGCUGCGUGUGCACGCGCACAGUCCGGCCCACCAAAAGGACUGGGGGACAGUGAACCAGCCCCCUCCCAAAAAACUUUACUGACCCCUGCCCAAGAUUGUAACACAAAAUCAAAAAGGGAGGAGGAACAUAAACAGUUCGAUACAAUGCCUAUGAGCAGAUAAGACAGUAUGAUGCCUGUAAGAAUAACAAAUAAAGUGAUGAGGGAUCAAAAUGAGAUUGGAACAAGGUUUAGAAGAGAUUUCUUUUGCUGAUGCUCCAGCUACUCACAGUCCUGGAAACUACAGACCCUGGCUAUGUGUUAACCAUGAGCAGCCACCUUACGUUUUGGCCAGCUCAGAAUAAUGACCCUAAAGCAGAACUUUCCAAACUUUUCAUGUUGGUAACACAGUAAUUCAGUUUUACUAGCAAACCAGAGGUUAAACUAACCCCUUUCCAGCCCCAGGAGGAGUAUGGGGAGCAUUUGUGCAACACACCUACACACUGCAGCCGAUACACUAACGUGUCGCGACACACAAUUUGGAAAGUUCUGACCUAAAGGACUGCCUUCUCCUUUACAACCCUGGCAUCUUGCUAAGCUCAGUAUUGGUGUCCUUCCUGCAUGUUUACCCCCACCCCCACCAAAAAAAAUUAUAUCUGGUUGGGAAAUAGCCUUCUCCAUAGCUGUGAUUUGCCCCUCAUUAGCUGUUUUUUGCCAUAUAAAGACCUUCCUUUUUAGGAAGCCCAUUGAAUUUUUAUGUAUUAACUCUGCUGGAAACUCUUUUAAUUGGGUGUUUUGAACUGUACGAUUUGCUCUGCUGCUUUUCUUUUUUUGGUGUGUGUGUGUUGGGUUUUGUUUUUUUACAUAUCAUUGUUCUUUGGUUUUAUUGUUAAGGCUCAUUGAAGUUUUUGAGCAAAGGUGAGAUAAAAAUGGUUUGGAUAAUUGCCAGCCUAUAUAAAAAAAAAUCUGCAGCCUAGCUAGGAUGUGAAUAGCUUACACAGAAGAGAAAUUCUUUGACAAUGUUAAUCCCCACCCCCACCCCCGCCUCAAGCCAGGACGUGUGCUUUUAUUUCUGUGUUUGCAUGUGAAUUCUCAUUGUUGCUUUUAAUGUAAGAUAUGCCAGUCCUGUUACUUUGUUUUAUGCCAAUCUACAUGCAACAUUUCAGUUCUUUUAACUGUGGUGCGUUAGAGAAAGUGGUUUCAGCUUUGGGGUAUUUAUCUACUGAUUUACAAGAGAAUUCCUUUAUUGAUGUGAAGACUCCUAAGAGUCAAACUGGGAUUCACCAAGUCUAAAUGCCUUGUUGUAUGACAGCCAGUAGAAUUUAAUUUCAUGUUUCUUCUUUCCUCAGUGUAUUCCUGUACCUGAUAUCAACAAGCCCCAAUCAACACACGCUUUUGCAAUGACCUGUAUCUGGAUACAUCUGAACAGGAAGGCUCACAGUGACAAUUCUAAGCUACAAAUUCCAAUUCCUCAUUCUCUCAAGCUUCACCAUGAGUAAUUGCUUUCUAUAUAAUACCUCUUUUCAAUUGUAUAGCAGACUCUUAUAGCUGACAGUUAACAAAUAGUAUCUUAUGUUGUGUGAUCCCUGGUCAAGUGUGCUUGCCACACCUUUGCUGUAGCUACUGCAUUGUCAUCAGCAUCAUCAGCAUCAUCAUCAUAAUUAGUAGUAUUUUAGUAUUAGUAUGCUGCCCAUCUGACUGAGUUGCCCCAGCCACUCUGGGCGGCCCCCAGCAGAAUAAUAAAAACACAGUAAAACAUCAAACUUUAAAAACUUCCCUGUACAGGGCUGCCUUCAGAUGUCUUCUUAAAGUCAGAUAGUUGUUUAUUUCUUUGACAUCUGAUGGAAGGGCGUUCCACAGGGCAUACGCCACAACCAAGAAGGCCCUCUGCCACCUCACUUUUCACAGUGAAGGAACCAGCAGAAGGCAGACCUCAGUGUCCAGGCUGAACAAUGUUGAUGGAGACGCUCCUUCAGGUAUACAGGGCCAAGGCCAUUUAGGGCUUUAGAGGUCAGCACCAACAAUUUGAAUUGCACUCAGAAAUGUACUGGGACGUCUUAGACCCAGAGUCUCUCUUUUCCUGAUAACUUGCAUCCUCCCAAAUCUUACUCCAGCUCUGCUUCAUGUUACCUUGCUCACUUGUCUUCCUUAUUGUUUACUUAUGCAGCAGCAUUCACACAAUUGCCGUUUUGUGAAGUUACCUAGGUGACUUCCUGAAGGAGCUUAAUAUUUAAAAGUUGACAGGGUAAGGAAUAGAGAACGGUAACAAACACAGCAGAGAAUGGAGAGAGGCAAGGGCGAUAAAAGAUGAAUGUUUUGUUUAUUAUAGUCAUGUGCAGAAUUUCUGUACUUCUUUCCCAUAAAAAGACACCUCAGACAGUUUGCAUUAAAAGCCAUUAAAAACACACUGUGGAAGUCAGUUUAAUUAUGAUAAAUGAAACCACUGCAGCAAAAAGUAACAAGUGAACAGAAGCAUCACCAGAGAAGUGGUAAAACUCAACAGGAAAAUAGGAAGGGGCUUUGAGUUACUAAUUAGCUUAUGCUGCUUAUCCAACUGGGUUGUCUAGGCACUUCACAGCAUGUUAAAUUGCAGAAACAAUUGGCAUUCCCAUAAUCAAAGACCUGGUGGAAAAGAAAAGGCUUUACACAGCAGAGAUAUAGAUUUCCUCUGUAAUACCUAGAAUGAGAUUGAUGGGUUGUUGUUUUUUAGAGUUAGGAUGCAACUCUACCAUCAGAUGCAAACUUCCGUUGCUCAGGCAUUUCUGGGACAGUCACUCUUUUCCUUUUCAUUUAACUUCCCCGCAGAUUCCUGCAACAGAGUCUAAGAAAUAAAAGUUUGCAGAUGAAUGACUACAAGAUUGCCCUGUUGUGCAAUGCUUAUUCCACCAAUUCAGAAUGCUUCACGUUGCCUAUGGGUGUUCUAGUGGAAACUAUUUACGGAAAUGGCAACAUGAGAAUACCUCUCCCAGGAACCAAUUGUAUGGCUUCAGGAUCCAUCACACCUUUGCCAAUGAACCUCUUGGAUUCACUGACGGUUCAUGCCAAGAUGAGGUAGAGUAUGCUCAGUAUCUGAAAGUUACAGAAGAGUCAAGUGUGUGUAUUGCAGUGCAGAAGAUCUGUAUUCUCAGAAAACUAACUUCAACCAAAUGGCUUUGAAAAUAACAUGGUUUCUUUUUCUCCCCAGCCUCAUUCACAGCAUAGCUACCAGAGUGAUCAAACUGGCCCAUGCGAAAUCUAGCUUAGCCUUGGCUCCAGCCCUUGUGGAAACAUAUAGUCGCUUGCUGGUUUAUAUGGAAAUAGAAUCCCUAGGCAUCAAAGGUUUUAUAAGUAAGAAAUCUUGUUUGAUUGAUUUUUUUAAAAUGUCAACAGAUAUGGUUGAAAUUUGGGCCUCUGCUGCCAAAUUAAUAUACAUAAACAUCCCUGGCUUGGGCUGCCCUUUGCAUACUCCAAAGUGCUUACACUUUUGGGCCCUGCAUAAUGUAAAUUGAUACAUACAUCUGUGCAAUCUAGUUCAGGACCAAGAUCCAGUUAUUAUAACUUUUGUUUAGAUGUAUGUUAAGUUAUUUUGCAGACAUUCUCUAUCUGGCAUGAUAACUUUAAAUUAUUUUCUAAUACAUGAUACCAUCUCAAAGAAAAAUCUGAGAUUAAAAAAAAUAAAUAGCAUGCAUAUUAUAAUAAUACAUAUAGUAUUUUCCUGAAUAGCCAAAGCACUUUUAUCUCACCCAUUCUAAUGAUAUGUGUAAGACAGAAACAAUAGUAUUAUCCUUAAUUACUGAUAGGGGACUCGGGAUAAAAAGGGAAUGGCUUGCUUGGCACCACCCAGUUAGUUUGUUGAUAAGCUAGGAUUUGAACUGAGAACGAAUCAGCUCAGCACUAUGCACUAUACUGAAGGAAAUUUAUCUUGUUAUUUUUAUUGUUGCUUUUAUUAACAUACUUAUCCCACACUUCUUCCAAGGAACCCAAGUAACAUGCAGGCUUUAACCUCACAGUUAACCCCACAGUUAACCCUGCUGGGUUUGCCCAAGUCCAAUCUGUGAUUUCAGGGUUAUCAGCAAAGUAUUUUAUAAAAGGAUGCCAUAUUUCAAGAAAAUCGUCUACAUCAUUUGUAUUACUCAAUGCAUGUAAUAUCUUCUUUAAAGAAGAGAUGACAAGCAUUGAAUAAUAGGGACUCCUGCUUUAAGCUCCUGUUCAGGCAGCCAUUAUAUGAAUGAAUAAUGUAGUAUUCUGCGUAAUUGCAUAAUAGUGGAUACCUAUUCUACCUGAACGUUGCUAAGAUCUAAUUAUGUGGUAUAUAUUGUCAAUGCCAUAAGGGCUAAAAAAAAAAAGGAAAAGGAAAAAAGAAACAUGCCUGAACUUGCCUGAUUCUAUUUGUGCCUGUAAGAAAAAUAUAUUCCUCUGAAUGUUUCACUGAAAAAAUAGUUGAUUUCAUAUUUUUCUUUUCAGGCCAACUGCUACCCACUGUUUUUAAGUCUCACGCUUGGGGAAUCUUGCAUACUCUCCUGGAGAUGUUCAGCUAUCGCAUGCACCAUAUCCAACCUCAUUACAGAGUCCAGCUGCUCAGUAACCUUCAUUCCUUAGCCGCUGUGGCACAGACUAAUCAGAACCAGCUUCAUCUGUGGUAAGUGUUGCUACUGUAAAUCUAUUUCUGCUUUGGAAGCAUCACACAGAGCAGAAAGCCAUGGAAGAGGGAUUUGGUCAAAAAUGUUUCUUGGCCAAAAGAUGAUUCGAACACUACAGAACCAACUUUGGCCACAGAGAAGAGAAAGGUGAACCAUGUGCCCAGGUUCAGGCAACACGCUAAGAUAAAAGGUUGGCUUAGCUCAGUGCAGAGCAAGAAUAAGCAAGAUUAGAGAGAAGUGCUGCUGCGAGCUCCUCUUUGGGGAGCCCACAAGUGUGCGCAAUCAUGGUACGCGUACCGAGUCAUGCAAACCAGGCCAAUAUGAAAUAUGGGUAGUCAGUUCAGGGCGAACUCAUGUAAAGUGCAAAACUGAAAACUCAAAUCUUGUGAUUAUCAAGUCAAAUGAAUCUUGCCAUGCUUCCUGAAAUAAUGCUUGAAGCAAGGUGUUUCCUGCUUUGAUUUCCUGCAAUUAUCAUUAAAACCCCCAUUUCUCCCUGAAAACAUAGCUAACAUAUUCUCCUUAUAGUGUUGAAAGCACUGCUCUACGACUGAUUACUGCUUUGGGUAGCUCUGAGGUCCAGCCACAAUUCACCCGCUUCCUUAAUGAACCCAAGACAGUCCUUUCAGCAGAAUCGGAGGAACUUAACAGAGCGCUUAUUUUGACUCUAGCAAGAGCAACACAUGUCACAGGUAACAGUCAUUAUCUCUCAGUUUUACAGAUGGUUUUGAAUAAAUAUAUCAAAGGAAAGCACAAGAUGUGAGCAUUAAUACAGUACUGUGCGCUAAAAAAUUUUUUUUACAAGUCUUGAAUUCUUUAUGCUUUCACUGCAUUGUUACAAUGCUUGAAGGAGUGAACUAUUAUGAGGCCACAGCUAGCCUCACAUAUUACCCCCGCUUCCAUCGUAGUCACAAUAGGUUUAGAAGCUUUCAGAUCCACUUUAAACUAAUCAAUGCUUGCCAUGAUCUCUUAACCUGGACAAACUAUAGUUAUGUAAAAUAAGCCACCUUCAAACUAUAGUUUAUGAAGCUGGCUUGUUUUCUCUGACCAUAGCUAAGAUUAACCACAGUUUAGAAUUGAAAUAUAAUGCUGAACUCUGGUUAAUCUAAAAGAGAGUCUAGUCAGAAUGAAUUAUUAAAUCUGGAAAAGGAAACCCGUGGAGGUCUUGAAUUGUUAAAAUUAUACUACCAGUAAUAAUGCAUAUAGCAUCUGUGGGGAAUAAAGAUGACUAUUGAUCAAUCCACUGUAUUUGUUUUAGCUAUUUAAGUAAGUAAUUACAUUUAGAUGUCUGUCUUUAGAUUUUUUCACAGGGUCGGAUUCCAUUCAGGGCACUUGGUGCAAGGAUAUACUGCAGACUAUCAUGAGCUUUACUCCCCAUAACUGGGCUUCACACACCUUGAGCUGUUUUCCGGCUCCACUUCAGGUAAUUUAAAAAACAAAACCAAGUAUUCAAGUAUGUCUUCACCUUUGAGCAAGUUAGGAUGGAAGAACAUACUGUUUCUCUUACUUUUUGAAAGUCACCUCACAGUAAAACUACGUGAAGGAAGCUUCCCAACAGUGUUUUUUGUAUAUUUUGGAGGGUGAGAUUUAAAGGUUUUAAAGGCGUACAGGUUUAAAGGUUUAAACAAGAAAGCACUAUCAACAAAAUGUACCCCUUAUUAGGGAUUUUUGCAGAAGUCACAUAAUAAAACGUGUGGCAGGUCAUUUUUGCUUUUAGCCUCGUCUGGUGAAAUGAGUAUGAAUUUUGAAUUGCUGCUGCCUUCAUCUGUAUAGAGAAAGCACUGUGUUUCUAAGAAGGCGUUAAGAAAUCAGAAAAAGAAACCAGACGUCACAGGAGCCUAAUACCUUUCUUGGGACCAGCUAAAGCAACGGUGAGGAACCUCCACCCUGUGGGCCUCAUUAGGCCUGGUCACGAGUCCUGAUUUGGCCUCCAAGGCUGUUUCCCCAAACACAUCCACCUGCCCCACACUGGACAUCCUAUGUGAUGUCAGGUAUAGGCAGGUAAAGACAUGGAUGCAAAGAAACAGUCAGGACCUUAAACUGCCUUCUGCAGGGCUCCCUCUCACUAAUAGGAAACCCCACUAGGAUUGGCUAUACAAAGUAGUUCCCCAUCUGGGAUUCCCUAGUGUAGGCACUGAGAGCCAUCACUUUUGAAGUAAGUUUGCAUGCCAUUUGUAUUCAAGAGCUGUUCCCUUUGAAACUGAGCCCCUUUCCAGUUGUCAUCUGAGGUCAUAAUGACAUCAGGGGAGUGAUGGGUGGACGGCCUCAUCCACCUAUUAAAGUUGAGCCACGGGUGUUGGGGGAAAGAAAGGAUUCAGCCUAGCCAUGUCCAGUUCCUCCAUCAUGAAACAGUGAGCUUCAAACUCUCCAGAAGUCGUCUUCAUACUGAAUAGUUAGCGAAAGGGGUUGGAGGAGAGGAAAAAACUGGGCAUGAUGUAGGACCCCUGCAGUCCGCACAUUGUCAGAGACUUGAGAUGAGAUGUGGGAGGCAUUAGACAUAACUGGAUUAGUGUUUGCUAGAUGCAAAAUGAUUACAGGAUGCAAGGUUUCUGAGAUAAUUGUUCCCUCCACAACCCAAUAUUCUAAAAAUAUUUAAUCAGUUACUCAGGCCUGUCUCUGGCACAAAUUGGAACACAUGGCUCCCUUGUGAGAAAGCAAGCCAGAAAAGUGGCAGUCUUUAUAUUGGCAAUGCUGGAGAUUUAGGGGGAAAUCAAGAGGAUCAACUUGGGUGGUAUUAAGAAGUGGCUGGAGCCCCAAAAUUAAGCCCCAUCUUCAGGUAGAAGAUUUUUUCCUCCAGGUUUUUAAGAUCCCACUUCUGAAUGUCUCUGUUAUAGAAGGAGAAUGACUCCCAGUAGUUUGCUUAAUUUCAGAUGAAAUAGGAAUUUUCAGAUCUGACAACGGAUAACAAUUCACUUUAUUUCAGGCAUUCUUCAAACAAAAUAAUGUACCUCAAGAGAGCCGCUUUAACCUGAAGAAAAAUGUGGAAGAGGAGUACCGAAAAUGGAAGUCCAUGAUCAAUGAGAAUGACAUCAUCACCCACUUCUCCAUGCAGGGCUCCCCACCCCUCUUCCUUUGUCUCCUCUGGAAGAUGCUUCUGGAGACUGAUCACAUUAACCAAAUUGGUUACAGGUUAGUUAUUUCAAGAUGGAUUGUUUCUGGCAUAAUAGAUUUGUGCAGAACAUUCUAAGCAGAGGUACAUUUCAGUUAGCACACUAGGAAAAGGAAACAUAUUUUCCAAAGACUGGGGUUUUCUGCAGCUGCCCAGGGUUCAAUGGUUCAUCCCCUAGGCAUUCAUUAUGUAUAAUGUUAAUAGUCUGCUAGGCGUAUCCUGAAAGACCAAAUUCAUUAUCAGUGCAAAUCAAUACAAAGUGGGCUCCUGCAGACCUAUCUACUAACUCCAGAGGAAAUCUAUUUUAGGACAGAAGGGGCUAGAAUCACCACUCUAUUUUUAGUGCAGAUUUUUAUCAGUUCUGCCCUACUUCAUGCAUUUUGAGAGUGAAUGUUCUAAAAAUAGUAGCUCUCUAGUGGUUGGUUGGUUGGUUGGUUGGUUUAUAAUGGCAGCCUUAGGUAGAGUAUCUAUAUUUAACAGUCCACGUUGUUAAAUUAAUUCUGCAUCUGCCACCAUUGCAUUUUCUAUCCUGUUUGUUAGGGUGUUGGAAAGAAUCGGAGCCAGAGCUCUAGUAGCUCAUGUAAGGACAUUUGCAGAUUUCUUGGUAUAUGAAUUUUCCACAUCAGCUGGGGGCCAGCAGCUCAAUAAGUGUAUUGAGAUUCUCAAUGACAUGGUGUGGAAAUACAACAUUGUGACACUGGACAGGUUGAUUUUAUGUUUGGUAAGUAAUGCCACAACAGAGGAUACCUCUUGUAUGACGACCAUAAAACUAAUAGUUCUAAGUUGGUGAGAUUCUGGGGAGUUCCUCACAAUUCCUGAACAAUAAUCGCUGAACGAUUAUGAUACAUCAGCACCUCACUGCUCACUCCUAACUAGGUCAUUUAUGAACAAGUUAAAAAGCUGAUCAUAGGGACAAGUUGCAUUUUUUGUUAGAAAAUUGGUAAUUUCACAUUUGAGUUCUUUAAGUAGUCUAGUGGAUGCUACCUGGACCCAGUGAUUUAUUCAUAUUUUUACAACUAGUUCCCUCAGCUCCUCAGACAAUCUGAGAAAGUACAUUCAGGCACAAGGAUCAACCCCACAUUUUCCACAGUGACAACAGAUGCAAAGAAGAUAUAAUUGUCUCUUUGGUUGUCUCUGUCAUGCCCACUAUAUAUCUUAGAUGUGUUUUCUUUUUAGCUAUUGCUGAUUUUAAUCAUCUUCUGAAUAUUGUUAAAUAUCUGUUUUUAACUGUUUUUAUUGAUAGUUUCAAAGUUUCGUUUUAUAUUUUUGUAAACUGCUUAGAGGUUUUUAACAAUCAAACAAUGCACAAAUUGUGUGAGAUAAAUAGAUAUCCAUGCACUCCUUUAAAACCAACCAUUCCAACUUGCUCAUCUUGGCAUGGAGGCGUCUAGCAUUAGCAUAUAAACGCCUAUGCACAGUGUUGCUCUCUCCAAACAUCUCUGGCUCAUGUGCUACAGAUUUGACUCACAAAUUUAUUUAUUUCCCUCCGUGAGCCACAAAUGUUUAAUUUGUAGUAUUUUGCUGUCCUCUUAGAUGCUUUUUAUCCUCUCCAUUUCAGGCAAUGCGCAGUCAUGAGGGCAACGAAGCCCAAGUGUGCUACUUCAUCAUUCAGUUGCUCUUACUUAAACCUAAUGAUUUCCGAAACCGAGUGAGUGAAUUUGUGAAAGACAACUCCCCAGAGCAUUGGCUGCAGAAUGACUGGCAUACGAAACACAUGUCCUAUCACAAGGUACUUUUGGUUACUUUACUUAGUGGUGAAAUACGUAAAGUUAGAAUAUUGUUUCUAACUUUACCCCUUGUUUCUCAAGGCAUUUAUUAUUUUAUUACUGCAAAUUGCUCAGGGUGUAUGGGGUCCUAGGGGAGGGGGUAGUGCCUCUGCUGGGGGACAUGUCAUGCGAUUUCUGGGGUAGUUUGUCCACCUUGGUCCCCACCCUGCACUCAGCUCUCACCUAGGGCUGCUAAAAGCUGUCAACAUGUGACAGCAGCCACACCCAGGGAGUGGCUUAGAAUGGCUGGUUAUACCAGGUGAGGGUAGCUGAUGGGUCUCAAACCCUGGGUGCUUUAGGGACAAAGACAGGCUCCAACGGAUUGAGUGGACAGGACUAAUAGGGGCCUAAUGGUUGAGAAGGUGGUUUCUGCACGUGCUGUAGAGGGGAGUGAGGGGCAGAUGGGGCUCAUCAACCUGGGAAGGUAGCCCAUCUAGGAGAAGGAAACUCUGAUCCUAAGCUUCUUCUGCCUUGCAAGAUACCUUUGGGAGAAGAAAGGGUUAAGGAGCAAACUAUACACAGAUCCAGAGGGGAGUCCCUCCUUAUGGCAACUCCUGCAGCCAAGCUGGUACCAAACGUAUUGCUCUGUUUUCCUUUGGUCCACAUUAGCCUAGGACCUCCAUGCACACUGCCCAGGCUGGAGGUCACUUCAGUGCUGCUAAUGCAGCAGUUUGACUUCACCGCUGGACAAAUGCUAACAACCGCAAUUUGCUUAAUACCAAGAUUAGUUUUCUUAUGUCUGAGAAAGGCUGGCAGUAUUUCACAUUUGAGCUGGGAGUAUAGUUCGAAAACAGGCAGAUCUUACAGGCAAAGAUACACGCAAAACCAUUUCAAUGCUGGGGAAUAUUAGGGGAGUUGAGGAUACUUGGCCAAUCCUUACCACCUAGAACAGAUCAGGACUAGGAAGGUGUGGUAGCUUUUGUUUCCUGCAUGUGUAGAUAUACCCAGCCACAGUGAACUGCCUCAGAUGUGGGCUUUGAGGCUGAAAUCACCCUAAGGCUUACCUGCUUUCAUCUUACUGCUUCAAAAACCACUUCUCCAGUGGCAAAAACAUGCCUAUUCAUUUUCUUAGGAGCAGCACCCCACCUGAGGUUAGAAAUCUUUAAAAGUCCGUCUAUGAUUUGCUGCCUGUAUGUGUUUCUAAUUACAGAGCUCAGUUUGUGCUAGAGAUUUUGCAGUGAGAUAUGAAUGUAAAGCAACAUUGCUUUUCAAGUGCACAACAGGAUUGUAGCGCGGGGGAGGGGGGAAUCUGCAUUCAGAACAUUUAGAGAAUAAAAUAUUAGGUUUGGAAUGUUACCAAAGCAAGGCAGAUAAAUUAAUAUUUUAAAAAACUUUUCCCUCCACAGAGGUAUCCUGAAAAGUUAUAUUUUGAAGGGUUAGCAGAGCAAGUCAACCCUCCAGUACAAAUCCAGCCCCAGUACUUGCCGAUAUACUUUGGAAAUGUGUGUCUCCGUUUCCUGCCAGUAUUUGACAUUGUGAUUCACAGAUUUCUGGAACUCCUUCCGGUGUCCAAAUCACUGGAGACUUUACUAGAUCAUCUAGGAGGCUUAUACAAAUUCCAUGGUAAGUUUCUUUUUUUCCCCUUUUUCGGUAAAUACCUGAAUUACCAUAUUUUUCGCUCAAUAAGAUGCACCAGACCACAAGACGCACCUAGUUUUUGGAGGAGGAAAACAAGAAAAAAAAUAUUCUGAAUCUGCGCAGUGAAAGCAGCAAUCCCUCUUGCUGUUCUGGCUUCUGUGAUAGCUGCACAGUCUGCAUUCGCUCCAUAAGACGCACACACAUUUCCCUUUACUUUUUAGGAGGGAAAAAGUGAGUCUUUACUUUGUAAACUGAGUGGAUGAUAAACAAUAUCACCAAUGAAGCAUUGUUUGUGUCUGAGUUUCCAGCUGUGCUAAUUUUGCUUGUCUCACCAGCAUAGUAAAGGAGUAAUUGCAUAUGGCUUUGUCAGACUUGCUUGGGGGGGGGGGACCCCUACUCCUAGGAAGACUAUGGAAAGUGCAGGCCUCUUCAAAAGUCUGUGUCAAUAUACAUUUCAAAAAUGGCAGCCGAGCUGGUGUGAUAGCAUCCAUGUUUGGCUGAGCCAAAACUGCAGGCACAUAUGUGCAGAUGUCAAGCUCUGUCCCUGUUUAUGUUUACUGUUGGAGAAAUUCUGCAUGUUACAAAGCAGAUGUAUGCAUGCUGAGCUCAACCCCCCCCCCCCCGCCCCCAGCCCUGGCAAGCAUAUUGAAGCAAAGUGGAAACCUUUGUAUGUAGUCAGACGCCAUGCAUGCAUCAAAGCUCAUGAGGUUGCAGGAAAGAGCUAAUUGGGGUGGUCGUCUUUUGAAAUAGCUGUGGGGAGAGAAGUAUGAGACUGGAUUGUUGAUGUUUCCAAUUACUUCAAAAGCUGAGGAGAAGCCAUAAAGAUUAGUAGUUCAGUAAUGAGGGACAACAUGAAUUGUAAUAGUCACCAUGCUGAGUAGACCACUAAUAACAGCCACACAUAACUUCCCUCCCUUUUUGAGAACAAGGAUUAAGAAAAAGGUAUUAAUCCCUCGUGGCUUAAAAAUAAAUCCAAAUUAUGUGAUCAAACAGCUUAAAUUUGAGAUAAAUGCAAAAUAGAUUAUGUUGGCAUUUGUAUUUACUCUGCAUGUUUGGGUUUUUUGCCUCGAUUUUUUUUUUAGCAUUUUAUGAACUAAAGGGGCAUGGAAAAUGAACAGAAUUUUUCAGAUUUUGACACUACCAGAUUUUCCCUUUUUUGGUGUGCUUGUUGCUAUAUAGAUUGCUUUAGGAAACCUCAUACAUUACCAUAUAAGCAUUUAAACACUCCUGCUUAGAAUCUUGCUCAAAUCACUAUGAAGCAUCUUUUGAGACUGUUCUUUAUUGUCACUGAGCAUAUCCUGUUAUAGUAAUCCGGAAAAGCUAGAGACUAGCAAUUCUUGCCAAUGUGAUUAAUGUAUAUUGAUGUUUGUCUAAUCUAAGGCCUUUAAUCCAUUGUUGUCACUGUAAAGUAUUUGCAGAAUUGUCCUUUAGGAUGACCUUAUUCCACGUUUUGGUCACUAUUACAUGCUCUUUCCAAUUCCAAACACCCAAAUAUUAUUCUCUGGGUUUGGAGAAAUAUUUGAGUUACCAGUGCCAAUGCUGCAUGCUUUAGAAAAAAUGGGGAAAGAAAUGUUUUAGCCAGAGCUGCUACUUAGAGGUGUAUUAGGGUUACCACAGAGAUUAUCAUUAAAAGAUGUGAUUUAUUAUCCCAUAAAGAGAAUGAGCACACAAAAUUUAUUUCUAACAUGAGCCUAGCUUGAGAUUUUCUCUGAUUUUUCACAAUCCAGGGUUAAUCAAAGAGGCAACAGGUACUACUACUCAUUUGAACUUCUGCCUUUGAUUCUUAAAGCUACAAGCAUGGCUACGUGUACAUAAAGCGAUUCAGCGAGAGUGCAAAAAAUAAUAAUGCAUUCUGUGAUGCUGGCUGCACAAUUUAGCUUCGUACAAAUCUCAGCUUCUAUUAUUAUGAAAACUGCAAGCUAGUCCUUGCAGUUGUAUACAUAUUCUUGAUAGUGUGUGGGCAAAACAAGUUGAAAUCUUUGAAGCUCCUACAGUGAGCGAAGUAAAGUAUACAAGAUAGCAAAAAUUGCAGGCUAAAUUUUCCCCAAACUGAGAAAUGAUCAGAUUGCAUUAUUUAUAUUUGGUACAAAUCCCAGACUUAUGGAACAGAACUUGGAUUGCCUGAAUGAAGGUUUAGUUUUAUAACAUGGAUUAAACACAGCCUUGGCUCUAAGUUUGUGAACACAUCUGUUCUCCUCUUGGCAGAUCGUCCAGUGACCUACCUGUACAACACUCUUCACUACUAUGAGGGGCACCUCCGGGAGAGGAUGAACCUCAAACGAAAGCUCGUCCAUGCCAUCAUCGGCUCCCUUAAAGACAAUCGGCCACAAGGGUGGUGCUUAAGUGAUACUUACCUCAAAUGUGGUAUGAAUGCACGAGAAGAUAACCUGUGGAUUCCUGAAGAUAUUUAUUAUUGCAAAUUGAUUGCAAGACUGGUUGAUAAUAUCCUUUUUUUUAAAAAAGGAAAAAAUGUGAAAUAUCAGGCUGCAUCCAAAUAACUAUUCUCAUUAUAGCGAAUUGGUAAAUGGCUAUGCUCUGGUUCCAUUUUCUAGUGCUUCAGCCCGCCCACAGAUUUUUAUCAAAUUACUACUGCAAAAUAAGUAGAACAUGCAUGUUUUUAGCUCUUUUCGUGUGUUAAAUAUGUGUAGCUGUCAUCCCAAGGGUUCACUAGAAGUAAACCCCACUGAAUUGAGCCAGACUGGUUUCUUUCUAAUUAUUUUCCUUUGCUCAAUUGACAAUUUUAAUAUUUCUUGUAAAUCACUUAAUAUGUUUUCUUUACAGCCAGGCAGUACAUAAAUUUUGUUAAAUAAAUAAGCACACUUGGGAUUUCAGCCUAAGUAAAAUUUAUAAAUCCAAAAGAUCACAGGACCAGUCAUUUUCUUAACAAAACCACCUUUAGUUCCUUGAACUGGGGAAACCAGCUCAGAAUUUCUAAUACACUGCAUUGCAUUAUUUGGUGGAAAACAAAGUGUACAACGCAUCAUACUCUGUAACUGUGAUGCUCCUGAUAGGAUGCUAACUUCUUGUUCUAAUGGCUGCUUCCUAGUUUCUAUAACUGUUUAUUUACCUUAAUCGCUGUCACCGAUGGCUGGCAAAUCAUCUAGCCCAUUCCCAAACUGUGACUGGAGGUUCAAUGAAUUUCCCAACCCAGCUGCCCACGCUCUCCAUGUUACCUGUGUCGAACUCAUGGCAUUGACUGUGCCAGGAAAGGAUGUGGGCAAUGCCCUCCUCAAUGUUGUGCUGAAAAGGUAUGUGAAACUUUCUGAAAGGUGGGGGUGGGGGACACUGUUGUGAAGUUAGGGGCCUGUUAACAUAUUGCAAAAUGUUGUCUAAUAUCUGUCAAAAUGGAAAGAUUCCCAGGAACCAAAUCACAGAAUUGUAGAACUGGAAGGAACCCUGAGAAUUGUCUAGUCUGCAGCCUUGGCGUUAUCAGCAUCACGCCCUAACCAACUGAGCUAACCAUAUUUAGUUGAUUUUAAUGUAUCAAUUCCUUUAAAGUGCCUUUGCCAAAAUAUUAAAUAAAAGAAUCAUGUGUCUCUCUCCCCCUUCGGUUCUUAUAGUCAGCCUUUAGUGCCCAGAGACAAUAUCACAGCUUGGAUGAACGCAAUUGGACUCAUUAUCACUGCGUUACCUGUAAGUCGUCUUGCAUUUUGAAUUCUGAUUUAAGUGAAGAGAAAGCAUGCUAAAACAUCAACCCCUGUACGAGAAGUAUAAUACAGAAGUUAGGGUAGCGUUGUUCAUUUUUCUUAGUUUUGACUGUAAGUUUGUUCAACGGAAUUUGGAUGUGAAGAAUCAAAGACCGAGUAUGGUGCGUCUGAAACAAUUCAGAAAAUUGGACACCUUGAGCAGUGUAGAAAUUGCUUGGGGUUGCUAUUUUAAGAACUCUUAAAUGUUUUUAUUAAAACUCAGUUUCCUGCAGCAGUAACUAAGUCGCCAUUUGAUGCAAACAUGGGCUUGUAUUUUUUACAUUCCCAUACAAUGUGGUGUAGGGUGGAGCCAGAAGAGAGUGGCAAUCACGUUGUUCCUAAAACAUUAGAAUUGGGCCACAAUGUCCUGAUGAUUUGAAGUUGCUUUGGCUCUCUUUUCCCAGGAGCCCUACUGGAUUGUCCUUCAUGAACGGAUUGUGAGUGUUAUCAACAGUCCUAGCUUGACUUCGGAGACCGAAUGGGUUGGUUACCCAUUCCAGCUGUUUGACUUCACAGCUUGCCAUCAGUCUUACUCCGAGAUGUGCUGUAGCUACACUCUGGCAUUGGCACAUGCAGUCUGGCAUCAUUCAAGCAUUGGCCAGCUUUCCCUCAUUCCAAAGUAGGUGUCAUGGAUUGGCUGGAUGAAGAGGAGUGGUGGGAGGCACCAGCUGGGGAAACCCCAGAGGAGGAAGGCUCAGAGCCAGAGGACCGGUGGUGGGACACAGAGGAGCAGUCCGAGGGAGUGGAUUGGAGGGGGGUAGGUUUCAGAUGCUGAAGGGACAACAGGGUUUAGUGAGCAGGAAGAGCCCGGGACAGGAAGCAGCUCAGACUCUGAGGCUGGAGCAGGAGGGGGUAUCAAAGGACUGUUGAAGAACACAGAGUCUCCCUCUUCUGCUGCAACAAGCUCCCCUCUCACCUGGUCUCCAAGAACUUGCAAAGUAAUGAGAAGAGCAGAACAGAGGUGCCAGACACAGUUUGAGACUGCUUGGGAAACACCUGAGGAGGAGCCUUAGAGAUGGUGAAGGCAGGGACCUUCAGUCCUGGCAACUGCUUCAUAGGAGCAAGACCUACUUGGGGAGUGUUGCUGAGAACAAGUAUGUUCAGUUCCUUGAAUAAAGAGUUAACUUCACUAACAACAAAGAUAUGCUUCCUUUAUUGCUGACUCCCGCCAUGACAGGCAUACUCUAUAUGAUCUCUGAAUAUUAUUUUCAGCCAAAUAAAAAUGUGCUGCUUGUAUAUAAAGCCCACAUAUAGCCAAAAGAUAUAGCUGAUAGGUAAAUGUCCUCUGUUAAGUGUGUGUCAGAAUAUUUGAUUGUAUGCAUCUUAAUGUUAUUAGCGGCACUUGCCUUUUAACAGAAUUUGGUAAAUUUCAGGGUAUAAAAUAGAAAAAUAUAAAACAAAAAGCUAAUAAAAGCACUAACUUAAUAUAAUUUCUAAAAUAUUACAGGUUUCUCACUGAAGUAUUGAUACCAGUAGUAAAGACGGAAUUUCAGUUACUCUACGUGUAUCACCUGGUUGGUCCAUUCCUACAGCGGUUCCAGCAGGAGAGGACAAGAUGCAUGCUAGAGGUAUGUGAGAUCAAGAGAAAUUGCUGCAGUGUUCAUCAGAAGAAUAGGACAGCAAGCUUUUGGACUUUGCUAAAUACUGCCUUUCUGGUGAGGCUUUCCAUACAAACAUUAACCUUGCUCUCCUAUCCUUCCAACAAAAUUAGUUCAACGAAAAGAUAGUUUGUAUAUCUUUCAUUGUGUUUAUUCCUCCAUCCCCUUUGGAGGACUUCCAAUAUAACAUUUGCAGUGAAGCAAGUUAGGUGGAGGUUUAAUAUAUCCCUGCCAUAGUCAUAGGUGCAAGAGAACAUAUAUCACAUAAUUAUGUAAUUUUGGGAUAUCUCCCAAAAUCUUUUGGGUAUUUUCCUUUUCUUUGCUGCCCAUUUGCUUUUGUCAGUUUGUUGAAAGAAACACAGCCCAGUUCUCCCGAAAUCACCACAGGCACAGCCUCAAAUUAUAUGGACUUUGCAUUCAGUCACAGCAGAAACCAAAUUACAGUAUUCAUCAGCAUGUCUCUUCAAGCACAACAAAGGAGUUUUAAAAUAAACUCUCCAGGACAUUUUCAGUGUCCUAAAAUUAAUUAUGCUUAUGCCAUAAGUAUCUAAACAAAGCUGACUUCAAGCUCUGUCUUUGAAGACAGGAAGGAACAUCUGUGCCUUUUAAACUCUGCUUUCUGUAGUAAGCCAGGCAGAACAAGAGAUAUGAAAAGUGCAUAAUUAGCUUUUUCUCUAUUUUUCCUGUCAUCUUUGAAGAAUAAAAAUUCCUGAGUUCAUCUCCUAGAAGUGAGGGUUAUUGCCAUGGCGCCACCAAUUUUCAUUUGUCAGCUCUGAAACCCCCAUAUGGUUAUGGAUUGAUGAGUUCAUCUUAAACAAAAGCAGCCCCAAAUUUAGAUAAAAGACUAAUUUAAAAAAAUUUCCACAAGAAAUGUCCUCGUGGUUCUUUGGUAGACCACAGAACACCAGUGUAUCUGGCAAAAACUAUAUACAGUUGUCUAUCCCAUUACCUCUCAUCAUCAAAGCUCAGUCCUUUUGCAGAAUGCUUCAGUAGUAUAUCUGUAUGCAAGAUUCAGGUCACUUUAUUUUAAAUUGAAAGAAUGUGAUCUGUUGUUUUUAAUAACCUUUUACAAGAUCUACAGUGGUUCUCAAAGAGUGUCACAUGCCACUGUGGUGGGAAGAUUCAAGGAAAAUCAAUAUUAUAUUUUGGGAAUGAUUCAUGUUCUUACCUAGCUACAUUGUUUAUAAUAUGAUCAUGAGGCAUCCAAAAAGUAUAAAGUGGGGAUGUGGGUGGCGCUGUGGCCUCUUGGGCUUGCCAUGACGGGGUGAGUUCCCGUUGCUCUGUCCCAGCUCCUGCCAACCUAGCAGUUCGAAAGCACGCCAGUGUAAGUAGAUAAAUAAGUACUGCUGCGGCAGGAAGGUAAACAGUGUUUCCAUGCGCUCUGUCACAGUGUUUCGUUGCGCCAGAAAAGGUUUAGUCAUGCUGGCCACAUGACCCGGAAAGCUGUCUGUGGACAAACGCCAGCUCCCUUGGCCUGAAAGCAAGAUAAGCGCCACACCCCAUAGUUGCCUUUGACUGGACUUAACCGUCUAGGGGUCCUUUACCUAUUAUAAAGUAGUUGUGUUAUAAAUCUAGCGCUGCUAGUUGUUUCUUUUUGUUUUCCAAUGAAUUUUUUAUCCAUGAAAAAUUUUAGGCUUGUUGCGAGCAAAUUUUUAUUCUGAAAGCUUGACCCAGAGAAAAAAGUUUGAGAACCACUGAACCGUAGGCUUCUGCCCCUGUUUGCACUGCUCACCAUCCUCAGCUCACCAAUACCAUGCAUAUUCAGUAGAGUUUUUGUUUGUGUGGCAAUAGAUUGGAGUAGCUUUUUAUGAAAUGCUUCUGGAAGUGGACCAAUGCAACACACAUCUCAACUACAUGGAUCCAAUAUGUGAUUUCCUGUAUCAUGUGAAGUACAUGUUUACUGGAGACAGUGUAAAAGACCAAGUAAGUGAUGGAAAACCGGAAGUUCCUCUUUUGUAUUUUUUGCCAAGUCUCUCUUCUUUUGCUUUAUUUUCUCUUUCUCUUUCCUUUUUUUAUUUCUAUUGUCCCUCUCUUUUAUUCUUCUUUUUUUUAUAUUUCGUAGCCCUAAUAUCACUGUAUUAUGGGAAAAUGUCAGUUAAGAAAUUUUACAUACUAGAAUUAUAUUUUGUUUUCUGUUUUAAAUCUUGAAGUGAGUCAAUGAAAAUAGCAUAAAAACUGUUUAAAACCAAUGAAGAAUCUUGAGUCUUCUUUGUCAGAUGCAAUAACAUGGGGUUAGUUAGAAUUAUAAACGAUGAAAUGAGAAAUGAAAUGCAGAACAGUAGAGAUGGUGUUAAUUACAUUAUUAAUGGUGGCCAUUCACAAAAAAAGAUUUUUUUUGCAAUAGACAUCCUGCCAUUAGUGAGCCAAUUAAAACCUGUAUAUAAAAGAAAUCUGUUAUCCUGAUUCAAUUAACAAGCGUUCUUCUGUAAGCAUUGUGAAGCUAAAUGAAGACCUAUAAAUUUUUAUUUUAGACUUUUAACCAGCAGGCCACAUUUGACAGGUGGGCAGUGCUGACCACCUAUCAGUCACCUGAUGUUACAGAAACAUCAGGUAAUGGGGGUGCUUUGAAGUCUGCAUGAACAUCAAGAUUUCAACGCACAACCCAGGCUUGCAAAGAGCCCUGCACACUGCUUUGAAGCCCUGCUGAUCAGCUGUUCUUUGCCACUUCCAAAUGCCAAAAGCACUCUUUGCAAGCACCUUCAAGAAUAUGCUGACCGUGAAGCUUCCCAUGGGAAACUCCUUAGUGAGGUCAAACCCACGGAGCUGAUAGAAACAGAUUUUAAUCUCCGCUUUCUACUGGGAUCAGCUGUACUCUGCAUUCACCAUGGCCCAGCCAAUCUCCGCUGGCUUGCUUUACCGCAAGUUAGCUGACUGCUGGUGAUAGCAAGGCAUAUAUCUUUAUAUUUAAAUGGACCACCCCUUUAUUGCUUCAUAACCACUUUUUAUUUCCCUUUGGCUUUCGUUAAAGGUUGAAAAGAUUAUUUGCAACCUGAGGCCUGCUUUGAAGCUUCGUCUGCGCUUCAUACACAUCAGCAAGAUGGAGUCUGCAACUGUUCCUCAGCAACCCAUAAGCAAUGUGUCUCCAGCACCUCAGCCUAGCCAGGUCCCCGUGAAUGUGGCCUUGCCAGUGACACAAUAGAGGGAGCCGCUAAACUACUGUCUCUGCCAAGGACAUCCAACAUGGACCCAGAUGAAGCAGCAUCCAGCAUAAAUUUCAUUUGAGAAGAGCUGGGUGCAGGAAAGCACCCAAAUCAAAGGAACUCCUUAAGUUCAGCAAACAAUGUGGCUCUACAAAUACCCAGCUGCUUUAAACAACAACACUGCCCAUUGUUGGCCUUGUUUUCUUUACUCAUGUCUCAUUUUUCUUGCCAGUGUUUAACUUCUGUUUUUGGUAGCAUAGAUAUGUUUACACUGGCAGCAGUUAACAUUUUGUGCUUUUUCUAGCUUUGGAAAAUGAUGACGCUUGGGCGAAUAUAAAGGCUGCGACCCUCAUAUCAUUUAAGGAAGAAUAAGCUAAGCUUCAGCUGCUGAGAUCCUGUUGGCUUAAAGCCAAGUCUAUUAAACCUACUAGCUGGAUUUUCUAUGGAAACUAGUUGAAGUAUUGGUGCAAAAGGCAGACACAAACAACUUCUGACCAUGGUGCCAGAAUUAGCUGGUGCUGUCUUACUUCGCCAGCAAUCCUGCUGCAGUCAGGGAUACAAUGUGGUGAUUAAAACACUGUCUAUCCAAAUCACGAAUGAGCAGGCCUCCAGGUUUACAACUAGUAUAUUUAUGUGAAGUGGUGGUGGUGGUGGUUUUAAUCAGCCACCUAUGUUUUGAAUUUGUGUAAUAACUACAUUUUAUUUUGGACUUGUACUAUACUACUUUUGUUCAGGUUUUAUUUUUGCGUAGGGAGGUUGGUGGGGUAGAAAGAUUUUUAACCAGAUAAUGUUUCAACCGAUCAUGAAGAUGAUAAGAUUUGUAAAAUACUGUUCUUAUUUCAUAUGAAAAAAGUGUUUAAUAAAAAUAGUUUUUAUAACUACUGACCUA